AUGACAAUGAUUAGAUCAAAUAAUAAUAACAACAACAAUAAUAAUAAUCAACAUCAUCAUAUAGAUUUAGAUAAAUCUUAUGAUCUUGAUCCAAAUAAUAAUAAUAAUAAUAAUAUUAAUAAUAAUAAUAAUAACAAUAAUAAUAAUAAUAAUAAUAAUAAUAAUGGAGCAGAUCAAGGAGGAUUGGUCAAUGUUCAAGUUAAAAGGCAUUCACCAAAGAAUAUUUUGUACGCUUCAAGUGGUAGUUUGGAAAACUAUGGAUGGCGUAGUAGUUUUAAUGGUGGUGAUGACAUAUUACAUCAAAGUAACAACAAUAACAACAAUGAUACCAGUCAUCAUAAUACUAGUAGACGUAAUUCAAAUCAAUCAGCAUCAUCAAGUGAAUUAUCAAUAUCACAUGAUUUAAAUAAUAGUUUAGAUCAAAAUAAUAAUAAUAAUAAUAAUAAUAAUAAUAAUAAUAAUAAUAAUAAUAAUAAUAAUAAUAAUAAUAAUAAUAAUAAUAAUAAUAAUAAUCCACCUCAUGCCUAA